AUGGCCAACGGGAAGGGAGAGGAGGUGAAGCUGUUGGGGGCGUGGGCGAGUCCGUACGUGGCCAGGGUGAAGCUGGCGCUCCACCUCAAGGGCGUGAGCUACGAGUACAUGGAGGAGGACCUCACCAACAAGAGCGAGCUGCUCCUCCGCUCCAACCCCAUCCGCAAGAUGGUGCCCGUGCUCAUCCACGGCGGAAAACCCAUCUGCGAGUCGCAGGUCAUCGUCCAGUACAUCGACGAGGCCUUCCCCUCUGUCGGCCCGGCACUCCUCCCAGUCGACCCCCACGAGCGCGCGGUGGCCCGCUUCUGGGCCACCUACGUGGACGACAAGGUGCUGCCGCCGUGGGGGAUGCUCUUGAGGGCAAAGACGGACGAGGUCGAGGAGAGGGCGGAGUGGAUGAGGCAGACCAUCGCAGCGGUGGAUGCGCUGGAGGAAGGAGUGAGGGAGUGCUCGAAGAGCAAGGGGCUCUUGGGCGGUGACGACGUCGGCUACCUCGACGUCUUGCUUGGGGGCAUGGUCCCGUGGGUGUACGCCACCGAGAAGAUCUCCGGUCACAACUUCUUCGGUGCCAGCAAGGCCCCGCUGCUGGCGGCAUGGAUGGAGCGCUUCGCGGAGCUGGACGCUGCCAAGGCGGUGUUCCAGGACGUCGACAGCUUGGUAGAGUACGCUGGGACCGUACUUUCCGGCACGGCUGUAAGCAACUGAUAAACCCCCGGUAGGCAUGGAGACCUGCUCCCCUGGUAGUUGUCUAUUUGCAUGUCCAUUUUCUUGUAUUUCUUGUAAUGAAAGUAGCAGGGUGGCCCACAUGUCAAUAAUGCUAAACAUGCAAAGGUUUAUCUUUUCAAACUAA